CGGGGGUCCUCAUCACAACUAAAGCUAAACUACAAACCCCAGGCAAGAAACCAGGCAUUGCAAAUCCAUAUAGCCCGCAACAACAGGCAUAGGUCUAAACAACCUCAGUCAGUUCCAUAUGACAACCCAAACAACAAGCACAUAGUUUGAACCUAAGUCAAACGACACCAGAAAACAAAACCUAUCCAGUUUCCCUAUCCCGUACAGAGUGAUAUAUACCUAGGUACCUACUUGUGACACCGGACGGAUACCUACCUACUCACCCCAACCCCAACCAACCGAACCAUCAACCAAUCCCCUAUCCACCCAACCCCAAAACCCAAAGUCACAAUGACCGACAAACUCAAGUCCUGCCUAACAUGCGGGAAGCAGUUCUCGCCACGCAGCCUACAAGAGCACCUACAAAGCAGCCACCUCGGGACACAGUGUUUCUUCCCGGGCUUCCCCGUGCGUCUCGACAGCGAGAACGAUCUCAAGAUGUCCGAAGCGUUAAUCCACGCGAACACCAAUGAAGGAGGCGGCGCGGCGCAGAACCAGGCGACGAACGCAACGGUGUUCGUGUGCGCGUGGCCGGCGUGCAAGUUGGGCCAGGGCCACACGUACGACCGCCUGACGUCGCUGAAACGCCACCUCCGCACCCGCCAGCGCGACGAGUACUGCCGCAACCUGAACGAUGCGCUUGCGCUCGCGCGCGUGCGGAGCCCGGCCCCGCCGGUGCCGGGGGUGCCGGCGUGGAGUAAUCUGCACCUGCACCUCGCGCUUCUCAAUGCGAAGUUUCAAUGUCUGGAGAUCCUCGUCACACCCUCGCCAGGGGAGGUAGUGAAUCCGAAUAUAUUGCACCGGAUGCUGCAGGACAUCCGACAGACGGAUGUUGCGAUGUGGGAGGCGCUGCGGUGCGUGCAGGUGGCGCCGGAGUGUUGGGGCCAGCUGGAGCUGGCGCGCGAGGAGUGGGAGAAGAAGUUUGCGGCGUGGUUCUGUGUCGAUGAUGUGGGUUCUGCGCGCUUUUAUGAGUUGAGUGGUUUGCUGGCUCAGCUUACGCAAAGUAUUGAGCAUAUUCAGACUUGCUGAGGCGUCUGUUGUUGUUUUGGGGUUUGCUGCUUUUGAGUUGAGAAUGCUUUCUUACGUAUUUCCUUCUUGAGGCUACUUUGGAUUUGCUGGUUGUAUCAUCUCUUGGUGGUUGCGCUCGUUUUGCCACUUUCUUUUAUCUAGGUACUAUCAUCACAUUACUAGGUACAUUCGUGUAGACCAAGACAAAACAUGGAUACGGAGGAUGAAUACUGUGGGUGUGAUUUAUGGCGUUG